AGCCACCGCUUGUCGCCGCAGCUCAAUCUCCACAGCCCCCCUUGUCAGUCCCUGCUUCGGGCUCCGGGGGGCAGAUAGUCACCGCAAUCUACCCUCAGUCACCUAGCGUCACCAUGGCAACGGGGGUGGUCUCCAUGACAGCAGUGCCCCCCAGUGUGGUCUACUCUGUCUCCAGCCCUUCCAGCGCGUCCCCUCACAUCCUGCCCAAGCACAUAGCCUCACCCGCCACAAUUACACACCCGCAUCCAGACAGACAGGCAGACCGGCACCUGCCUCCAGACAGACCUGCAGAUCGACAAGCUGACCGGCAGGCUGAGAGACAUAGUGAGCUGCUGACACAUGCGGACAGACAGCUGGAGAGGCAGAUGCAGACCUCAAGCAAUAGCAGCUCAGUGGCACCUCCCAGUGGCUCAGCUGUGUCCAUAAGGCCCUGCAGUCCUUCACUUCAAAUCCAAACACCUGGCAACAUACCAGGUACAUCCAAACUAACCCAGCUUCCAGUCAGGGCCCCUCAGAAAGUGAAGGCGACCGUGGCAAACAUUCCUGUGGGCAGCUAUGAAGGAGGAGGGAGAGGAAAAGAGCGAGAACGGGAGAAGGACAGGGAGCGAGAGCGGGAAAAAGAGAGAGAGAGGGAGCGGGAAGAUGCAGCCAACAGUCACUUCUCAUUUGAUCUUGAGCCGGUGGGGCAGACGGGUCCUCAAUCAACACAUCCUGCCGAAGAGCCACCGUCCUCCGACAGAGGCCUGGACGGCUCCAGUGCAGCGGACCCGUCUGACACACGGACCAGGGAAAGCACAACCGCCAAAGAGACUGGAUGGAAGGAGUCCCACUCCUCCUCUCCUCUCCCUCCUCCAUCAGCCACUGAACCUGUACUACCACCCCCACAGACUGACAAAGAUGGCCCUACACCUAAAAAGGUCAAAGCCCGUCCACCUCCUCUGAAAAAGACUUUUGACUCUGUGGACAAUUGGUCUGGCAGGGUGCUGUCAGAGGUAUAUUUUGAGGAGCGCUUUGCCGAGCUCCCAGAGUUUCGACCUGAAGAGGUUCUGCCUUCACCCACCCUGCAGAGUCUGGCCACGUCACCACGCGCCAUUCUGGGCAGCUACCGCCGCAAGAGAAAGAACUCUACAGAUUUGGACUCAGCCACUGACGAUCAAGUCUCUCCUAAAAGAAAGAGCCGGCGGCGCUCCAGCUGCAGCUCCGAGCCCAACACUCCUAAAAGUGCCGCCAAGUGUGAGGGAGACAUCUUCACCUUUGACAGAGCAGAUUCCCGGAGUCUCAACCACUCCACCUAUUUGUCCCCACUCCCAGCCACAGAUGGAGAAGACAUCUUGACAGAACUGGAGUUUGACAAAGUGCCGUACUCAUCUCUGCGUCGGACGCUGGACCAGAGGAGAGCGCUGGUCAUGCAGCUGUUCCAGGAGCAGGGCUUCUUCCCCUCAGCUCAGGCCACUGCAGCCUUCCAGACAAGAUACUCGGACAUCUUUCCCACCAAGGUAUGUCUACAGCUGAAGAUCAGGGAGGUCCGGCAGAAGAUCAUGCAGACGGCUGCCCCCUCCGAUGCCUCUGGUUUGGGCUUCUCUGACGCAGCCGGCUCCCUCCCUGGGCCCUCCGGCUCUCAGUCAGGAGAAGGUUCUGCGAGAGGAGGAGGCGACCUGCAGGACGGAGAAGUGGAGCAAGGGACAGAGGCGAGCCCAGAGGAUCCUCGUGACUCGCAGGACUCUUGUAGAUGAGCGAAGUUGACUAAUUGAGAUUGACCAAUCAGUGACUGUUGCUGUCACAUGUUUCCACCCCUACGCGCUUUCACACCAUUUUUUUUUAAUCCACUUUUUGCUCUCCUCUGAUGAGAUCAUUUUUUUCUUUCUAUUCUCUUCAGACGACCUUUGAGUGAGAGGUGUUUUAUGCAACAUUGGGACAUUUUUUUUUAUGUGUGACCCUUGUACCAAAAAAAGGACAUGUGAAAAAACCUAGUGGCACAAAAACAUACACACACACACACAUGGCAAACUCUUAUAUCCCACACUUGAAUUAGCACUCUGUAUUAACCACCUUGGAGGAAGCUCCCAUUGAUGCCAGUGAACGAAGGACCAUUGUGUACAGCUGCGCUCAUUUGCCUCGAAGGAAGAAAGGGUUCUUGUUUUGGACGGAGAUCUGCUUAGGCCUUUCAGAGGCGGUGAAAAGUCAGUGGUUUAAAAAAAAAAAAUAGGACAUUUUAUGUUUUAUUUGUUUUAAUAGGGUCAGAAGAGUAUAAACAGUGCAGUAUCUGUUCCACCUGUAUGUAGACUUAACAGUUGUAAGCCUGUGUCUUGUUUCUGCUGAUUUUCGGGGGCUGGGCCUCCAACAGCUUGAAACCAUUUGAUUUGACAAAAAGCACUCGUUGCUACGGACCUGGAAAGAUCUUUUCCCCCAUUUUACUGUUCAUACGUGGACCUUCAGGGGAGGUCUACACAGGACAGACUGAUACAUGGACUCAAACGUUAAGUGAACUUCUGGCAGUGCCAUCAUUCCUGCAAUUACCUGUCUGGCCAAGUCCUCCCUUCUCUCAACUGACCCUCGAGCACAUGCUAGUGGGAAGGAAUCGAGCAUUCCUGUGCCUCUCAUUUGUGAACCAUGAAGGAAGGAGGUGGGUUAGAAUCAACAGGCACAUCUUGGCUCUUUGUUGUAGAGGUCAGGCUGCUACAGCCUUAAUCCUCUAUUGCCAAGCAGUUUUAUGAAUUUUUUUAAUGAUUUGUAUUUAACAUGGUCAUAUUCAGUUUGUUGUCGUACUAUUCCUAUGGUUAUUGUAAUUCCUCCUUCUAUCAUUAUAGUGGAUCCUGGACCUGGUUCUAUUCUCAUUGCUGGCAGACAUUUCCCUCAUUUCUGCCAGUUCUUGAUUUCUUGUACUAGUUUUCUUGUAAUAAUUCUGGAAACAGGUGAAGGAAGCUUAUCCGAUGCCUGCAGAGUUCCUCCGUUGUAGUCUUCCCUUGACUGGCCUCUCGCCUCAGCAAGGACCUGUGGUGCAGUUAUUUUUUAUGGUUCAUUUCAAAGAGGAAGACAAACUCGAUGCAGACCUUUAAAUUCGUUCAACAGUAAUAAGCAGUAUGUUUUAGACAGCCUUGUAUGCCUCUCUGUCCCACGCUUUAUAGCCUCAACAUUUGUACACAUGCUUCCACCUCCUUCCUUCCCUUUGUCACUUUAUUUCUCUCUCCAGACCUCCGUCAUAGACAGGUGGAGAGAAUAAACUGUGGUAAGUGAGAGGAGGGUAACGAAUCAAAAAGAGAACUGGUAGGACGUAAUACUGGUUGUGUCUGUGCAAGACUUGGUUGUGCUGUAAAUAAUUACUGUAGAGUCAAUAGACUCAUUAUAUUAUUGAUAAGGAACUUAUGUUGACUUCUAAGACACAUUACAGACGGUAAAAACACAUGACAUGGAAAAAACAAUAAAUAUGACUAUUAAUG